AUGAGUGCAUCAGGUAAUUUCAUCCCUCCUAUGUUUGUGUUUCCGAGAUGCCGAAUGAAGCCUGAGUUACUUGAUGCUGCACCACCAGGAUCCAUCGGUGUAGCCCAUCCGUCUGGUUGGAUGCAAACUGAUUUGUUUCUGAAAUGGUUUGAACAUUUUGUAUAUCACAGUCAUUCGUGUGCCGAUUCACCAGUACUGUUGAUCCUUGAUGGACAUAAAACCCACACCUUAAAUCUUGAUGUUAUCAAUCUUGCUCGUGAAAAGUGUGUUUCUCUCCUAUGUUUACCACCUCAUUGCAGCCAUCGGCUACAACCAUUAGACGUAAGCUUGAUGAAACCACUCAGUACGUAUUACACUCAAGAAGUUGAGAAGUGGUUACUUGUUCACCCAGCCAGUGCUCUGACUGCAGUCAAUGGGUUUAGAAAAACUGGUAUAUGGCCAAUCAAUCGUGAUGUCUUUCAAGAUGCAGACUUUGCUGCUUCAUUGCCUACAGAUAUUCCAAGAUUGGAACAUGAAGCAACUGGCAGCAAUACAGAGUUGGUUGCUGGUGAAGUUUCACCAACAGGCGAAUAUGUUGAACUCAUUAUAGAGAAAACUGGCAUGCCUAUUGAGAUUCUUCAGAUACCAGUGUUGCAGUCACAACCACUAAUUCGGCAUAUUGGUGAAGGGGCAUCUCAACCCACAUCACACGAGUCAGGCAUGGAGCAACUCGAUGAUGUUGAUCAGUUAAUUCUUCAGGUUAUUUCUCCGAUAACAAUGGAGCUGACAGAAGGACAAGUUGGUGACAUCGCCUCUCUACUUACAUUGGUCGAGCCAGUUCUACAGCAACCCGGUGGCGGUGAUGUUGAUUCUUUAGUUUCUCCGACAACAAUAGAGUUGAUAGAGGCACAAGUUGGUGACAGUUCAUCUUCACCAAGAUUGGUCGAGCCAGUUCUGCAAAAACCCUGUGAUGCUGACGGUGUCGGUUUAAAUACACCAACAGCUGUUGGUUGUCGAAACGCUCUUGAACAUAAACCUAAAGUCCGUGUUUUGCAAAUUUCGCCUUUACCAAAAGUGGAAGUGGGCAGCAUUCGCAAAACAUCGAAAUCGAAAGGUAAAACUGCUAUUUUGACUGCCAGUCCUUACAAGCAAGGCUUAGAAACAAAAAAGCGUUUGGCUGAAGAGAAGAUAGCUGCAAUGGAGGCUAAAAAAGUGAAAAAAGCUCUUGCGGCAGCAGAAAAAAACAAGAAGACUAGCAAAACGAAAGAAAAGAAGCCUAAAUCUGCACUAAAUACAAACCAAAAAAGAGGAGUGAAACAGACUGGGCCUAUCCAAUCAGUUUGUCCAGAAUGUGGAAUCAUGGAAAAAUCUGUCGAGGAUAAGGUGAAGGCGUGUGACUGGAUUUCAUGCAAAACCUGUCUGACAUGGUACCAUGAAUCGUGUGCAGAAGUGAAUGGAGUAUUUGAUGACGAUUACUUUUUAUGUGUUCAAUGUUGUGAGUAG